AUGGGGACCGGCGACAGGCCCCUGCUCAACAACCUCCGCCACCACCUCCGCGGCGGCGGUGGGGGCAAAAAGGAGCACCACCACCAGUUGCCAAACAUACCGAAGGGAUGCCUUGCGGUGAUGGUGGGGCGGGAGGGGGAGGAGAAGCAGCGGUUCAUCGUGCCGGUGGACUACCUGAGCCAUCCGCUGUUCCAGCGCCUGCUGAAAGAAGCCGAGGAGGAGUAUGGCUUCGACCACAAGGGCGCCAUCGCCAUCCCCUGCUGCACCGUCGAGUUCCGCUCCGUCCAGGGCCAGAUCGACCGCGAGACCGCCAUCGUCUCUCCUCACCACGGCGGCGGCAUCCACCGCCACCACAACCUCGUCGGCUGCUUCCGAGCAUGA